UUGUUUGUUUUGGGGGUUUUCGGAUGUUGAGGUGCCCUCCCGUGGGGAUUUAUUAGACACGAGUGUGGAACUCAUCAUGGUGCAGCUGUCUCCUUCCCCCACCCUGGAUGUCUCCUCCUUCCCUGGGUCUCCAGACAAGGGGCAGGAAAGACCAGAGGACCAAAUGUUGGAUGGUAGCCCCAAGGUGGAUUCACCUGGUGGCCUCUGCUCUUUGCAGCUCAGCCUGGAUAUCUCCACCGUCUAUCCUGGAUAUGAAAUGUACAUAGAGGAUGGUCUCAUCUGCCUCAAACAUAAAGUCCGCAACUUGGAGAAAAAGAAGUUAAAACUGGAGGACUACGAGAAGAGGCUGAGAAAAGGCGAGGUACUAAACAAGGAUCAGAUGGCAGCUGUAGGAAAGUAUGAGGAGGUGCUGCAUCACUUGGCAUUUGCACAGGAGCUGCACAAAACCCUGGAUGGCCUGACUCAGAAUCUGCUGAGGGCCCAGAAGAAGGCGGUGAAGAGAGAGCAGGUGGCGAAGCUGGAGGCAGAGAGGAGACUGCUGAGCACCGUGCUCCAGGUCCAACAUGUCCUCCACAGGCUGCAGCAGGAGCACGUUAGAAAAGACCUGCUGGCAGGACACAACCAGGCGCCCCACAUCCCAGCCCAGCAGCUGCACAGCCUCAACCAGCUCAGCAUCCUGCUGGGAGUCAAGAGGGAUAACAGCCUCAGUUUAGAUGAACAGAUGGAGAAAGCAGCUCUGGUCUACUUAGACCUCCUGGAUGGAAAAGACAAACCAGUGGCUGGAUCGACAUUCAAGCUGUUGAAAGAGGAGCUCACCGAGCUGUUAAACUGCAAAUACUUCAGCCAUGAUCCACCUGAACCCAACAAGACCGCAGAGGCGUUACCGAGCUCGACCAGUCACAACACCUUAAAGUCAAAACCAAAUGAAGCUUCUAAAAAGGAGUUUUUCAACAGACUGUACUUGACCAAUACGGAGGCUCCUCCCCCUCAGAGUUGGAAGAAUGACUUCCAGGACAUGAAGGAGCAGGAGCCUGCUGACUGCUGGGACAUGGAGUUAACGGGUGGAGCCGUAUCACCACAGGCUACUGUCUGUAAACCAUGGAGAGGAGCUGCCACUUUCAUCCCUAAAGUGCCAGUCACCUCGAAGAAGCAAUCUGACAGCAAACGGAGGAAAGAGAGGAAAGCCAAACGAGAAGAGAAUAUCAAAUUGGCAGUGGACAUGGCGAUGCCUGUGGAGGUAUUCAACUCCCCGUCUGCCCUACCAAAAGACCCCAUCCUGAGGAAGCGGCACUUGGAAGACCUGAUUACAAAGAUCCAUGGUUCAUUUAGUUUCAUGCAGGACUCACUUUUGGAAAGUGACAGCUCCCCUACGAACAGCCAUUCAAGACUGAAGAGACGGCAGUCUGCAUCCCCCUCUCCUCUGGGUAACAUAAGUGAAGACCCUCUAACUCAAACUCCAACAGACUUGAGAAGCCCAGGUGACGUCUUGCCCAAAGCAAUGCAUUCCACCCCACUGCGUACCAGGCUCAUGGAACGCAAAGACAGUCUGACUAACGGGGAUCAGUGCUUGGAAACCUGUGAUCUGGAGCUUUCCUCAAAGGACCUACCUCAUGAGCCAUUGCAGUUGGCUGAAACGAAGGGGUUUCCCUCACCACCACUGUAUCGCAGGGAGUCGACCAUCUCUGCCAGUGUGGAGGAGAAGACGACGCGUCCUCAUACGCCGGCAACUGAGUCAGGGAAGCAGUCCCCUUGUAACGGGGCGUCAUCUCGCACCUCCAGUCCUUCUCGGGGACAAAGUUUCUCCACACCCCCCACAAGGCGAAGUCUUCCCUCUGCACAGUUCCCAAACAUCCAGUCAGUUUUCAAGGUGAAUGCCUUGCCUCAAAAUGGGGAACUGAAGUACAAAGCAGAUCCCAUGGUUUUUGCUGAACCCCAGUACAGCACUGCCAGUACCCAAACCCCACCUGAGUUUUCCACCUCAGAAGACGAACCACAGCCAGUGUACCAGUCGGAUUAUGUGGCGGGUGGCGGCGGUGGACAGAUCUUCAUGUCCCCCAGCCAAUCAGGCAGCAGUGUGAGUCGGUCCGGCCACUCGCACCACACCAGAGGAUCUGUGAGAGGUAUGACACGUGGCGGCAAGGGACUGGCACAAACCUUUCGUUCUUCUGGUUGGUAUCGAGGAGGAUCCGUCAUCCCCCAGAGUCACCUGAGAGACUCGGCCCCUCUGCUGUACGCUGCCAGAGACUCUGGAUACCAUCAAGGCUAUAGACGGGGAGGAGGAAGACUGAACUCCAGUGAGCACCAUUUUGCAUUGAAGGCAUUUUCAUCACUUUGGUCUAAUGCAGCCUGGAGUGACUCCUCUCAGCUGAGCAGUCCAGACCGGGAGGGUGCCUUCACCAUUGUGGAUUCCGGACACGGGGAUUCGCUGUCUGUGUCCACUGUGGAGGUCCCGCUCACCCCUCAUGGCCACCACCACACUGCCCUGCUCCCAAUGCAGCUGUACCCGCUGUCCCAGCCGCUGCGAGUGGCCUUCACCGCCUCUCGCACUGCCAACUUCGCCCCCGGCAACCUGGACCAGCCCAUCGUGUUCGAUCAGCUCCACAGCAACCUGGGCGACAUGUACGACACCCACAUUGGCCGCUUCACCUGCCCCGUGAAUGGAACCUACGUCUUCAUCUUCCACAUCCUGAAGCUUGCCAUCAACGUGCCGCUGUACAUCAACUUGAUGCGCAACGAUGAGGUAAUGGUGUCUGCGUAUGCCAAUGACGGCGCACCAGAUCACGAGACGGCCAGUAACCACGCCAUCCUGCCUCUGUUCCAAGGUGACCAGGUUUGGUUGCGGUUGCAUCGGGGUGCCAUCUACGGCAGCACAUGGAAGUACAGCACUUUUUCUGGCUUUCUUCUGUACCAGGACUGAACCCCAGUGUGAGGACUGGCUGCUUUGCACUAAAUGGUGAUGAAACGGACAUUCAGUAUUGUGGUCAGGCUGCAUGCCCGUGCCCUUUUCACCAUGAAGCCCACUCAUAACAUAAGGUGUCAGUGGCCAAACGGUAUGAUGUGUACUCAGAGCCAUUAUCUACAUUUGAAAUGGGGAACACGCCUACUUUAUCCUCCAGAUCUACUUGACUCCCCAUGAAUGUGUAGUUUAUGAUGCUGGUGCUGUGACUGUGUUAUUAGUUCAACUGGGUCGUGCUCACAUGUCAUCUUUGCUGUCAAUAUCCUGUAGCACAUAACCUGCUGAUCUCAGUGAGAACUCAUGCAAUGUUAUGAAUUUGUGCCUUUUUGAUUUCUGAAUGGCUUUGAAUGACUGACUAGACGUUAAAUGGCUAAUGAAUUGAAUGACUGGCUUAUUUUCCAGAUGAUUAUAACUGACUACUGUCGGCACUUUGCUUGAUGCUGGGCUUCUUGUGCAUUAAGUCUCACCUUCUUGUGUGAAUGUGAAGCUGAGGAAAGAUUGUGUUCUUGGUGGUGGGUAUGGUGUUGAACACUUGAGGCCAAACUGUUGCACUAACAGAUUACUGUGGAGAGAAGGACGUGGUCCCUUGACGUGCCUAAAUAAAAGAUGAGCAGUGA